UGUGACAGCGCCGUAACCCGGAUGUGACCGGCAGUGUUUCCGGUGCUGUGAGGCUGACAGUAGCACUCCGAGCAGAGUUCUCAGCGCCGUGCUUGGUGUGUUGUCGUGGCUGUGUGUCGGUGAUAUGCGGGUGUGUUUGGGCCCCUGCGGGCCCUCGCUGCUCGGCCUGGCCCCCUGCGGGCCCUCGCUGCUCGGCCUGGCCCUGCUGCUGGCCUCGGUCCCCCCUCUCUGGGCCUGGGACGCGGACCUGGAGCUGCUGGACCUGGUGGAGGAGAUCCCGCAGAGCUUCUACCAGUUCCUGUCUCUGGACCAGGAUGCGUCAGCAUUAGAGGUGAAGAAGGCAUAUCGCCGGCUGUCUCUCUCUCUGCAUCCUGAUAAGAACAAAGAUGAAAACGCUGAAACUCAGUUCAGACAGCUGGUGGCCAUUUAUGAAGUCCUGAAGGAUGAGGAGCGCCGACGCAAGUAUGAUGACAUCCUGGAGAACGGGCUCCCUGAUUGGCGGCAGCCGGUCUUCUACUACAGACGCGUGAGGAAGAUGAGCAACGCUGAGCUGGCCUUCCUCCUCUUCCUCAUCCUCACUGUGGGACACUACGCAGUCAUCUGGUCCAUCUACCUGGAGAAACAGCUGGACGAGCUGCUGAGUAAGAAGAAGAAAGAGAAGAAGAAGAAGCUGAGCUCCAGACCACCAGACGAGCUCCGCAGCGCCACGCACGACAGAGCUUACGAGCGGCCGCACUGGCACGACAUCCUCCCUCUGAAGCUCAGCAUCUGGCUCUACCUGUCCAUCAAGAACCUGCCGCACACCGUGCAGGAGCUGAAGCAGUACUACGAGGACUACCAGCAGAUGAAACGGCAGCAGAGAGAAGAAGCUGAAGCUGAGCAGGAAGUUGUCCCCAGAGAGAAGCGUCCGAAGGUGAAGAAGCCGAAGCUGGAGUUCCCCGUGUACGACCUUCAGACGGAGAGCGUGAGUUACUGCCAGCAGGAAACGUCCAUCGAAGACAUCGAGGACCAGAUGGACGACUGGCUGCAAGAACGCAGAGCUGCCCGCAAGAAGGCAGCAGACUGGACAGACGAGGAGAUCAGCCUCCUCAGCAGGUUGAUGGUUAAAUUCCCAGGAGGAACUCCGGGACGCUGGGAGAAGAUUGCUCAUGAGCUGGGGCGAUCUGUGAGCGAUGUGACCACUAAAGUCAAACAGGUGAAGGACAACGUGAGCCACACCUCAGGUAACCCAGGUCUGGUGAAGCUGUCAGAUCUGAAGGGCCCUCUUCCUCCUAUGAGGUCACUUCCUGUUUCAGACAGUUUGAUGACUCAGCGAGAGGGCGGAGCCUAUGAGGAGGAAGCGGAGCAGGAAGCAGCUCCGGCCGUCAGGAAGAGGAACAGGAAGUCAGCGGCGGACGGGGCGGAGGGGAAGGUCCGCGGUCGGCGCCAGAGAGAUUUCGACCCGGCCGCGGCGGCGGAGGAGGAGGAGGAGGGGGAGGAGCCUCAGGAGAACCUCGCCGUCUGGACGCAGAACCAGCAGAAGCUGCUGGAGCUCGCUCUGCAGCAGUUCCCCAGAGGAACCACGGAGCGCUGGGACCGCAUCGCCAAGACGGUCCCCGGGAAGACCAAGGAGGAGUGUAUGGUCCGGUAUAAGAUGCUGGCUGAGCUGGUCCAGAAGAAGAAACUGGCUAAAAGCUGAUCUAAAGACUCCGCCUCCUGCUGCUGGGAUCUCUGACCUCUGCCUCCUGAUUGGACGCAAUCAGAGUCUGUUGAGUUCCUGAUUGGAUGGAUUCAGAGUCUGUUGAGUUUUUUUAACGUGUGUUUUGGCAGCGUCCCGGCUGCUCAGGUGUUUUCUAAAACCUCUGACCUCACAGCUUCCUGUGCCUUAGAUCCAUCCAUCUGCCUGCCUGUCUGUCUGUCUGUCUGUCUGUCUGUCUAUCUUUCUAUCUGACUGUCUAUCUAUCUGUCUGUCUGUCUGUCUGUCUGUCUGUCUGACUGUCUAUCUAUCUGUCUGUCUGUCUGUCUGUCUGUCUGUCUGUCUGUCUGUCUGUCUGUCUGUCUGUCUCCCUGUCUGUCUCCCUGUCUGUCUGUCUGCCUGUCUGUCAUCAUCUCUGUUAACCUGGUCAAUAAACAGUAUUUAUUAUCUC